AUGAAGAUCGCCGUCGCCGUGUUCGUGGCCCUCGCUGCCCCCUUGUGCCUGGCGGCCCCCCAGGGGUACAACUACGCUUCCCCCGCCCCUGCUCCUGCCCCCACGCCCGCCCCCGCGGCCUACAACUACGCGUACAGCGUGGGCGCCGUGGACGGCCUGGGACGGCCCGUGCAGUUCGGGCACCAGGAAGGGCGCGAGGGCGACGCGACCGCCGGCAGGUACUUCGUGGUCCUGUCGGACGGCCGCCUCAUGACCGUCGACUACUACGCCGACCAGACGGGCUUCCACCCCACCUACUCCUUCCAGGCCCCCGCCGGCGUCUACGCCGCCCCGGGGCAGGCGUCCGAGGGGCGUGAAAGCACUUCCUCAUGGGCGUGGUUAUUUGAAUGCGAGGCCCAUCCUGCACAGGGCGCGACCUUCCGGUACCCCGAAGUUGCGGUAUAA